AUGUCAACAGACAAUGGAAAUAGUAGUUUGGAGUCUGAGCCAUCAACUUGUUUAUCUUCUCAUGAUAAAGCAUUUCAAAUCAAAGAUGUUUGGGCUGAUAAUUUAGAAGAAGAAUUUAAAGUAAUUAGACAUGUAGUUCAAAAAUACAAUUGGGUUGCAAUGGAUACAGAGUUUCCAGGAGUUGUCGCUAGACCUGUUGGUGAAUUCAGAGAUUCGAAUGAUUUCCAGUAUAGAAUGUUAAAAUGCAAUGUUGACCUUCUUAGAAUCAUACAAUUAGGUAUAACAUUUUUCGAUGAAAAGGGUAACACACCUGUUGAUUGUAAUUCUACAUGGCAGUUUAAUUUUAAAUUUGAAAUAAACAAAGAUAUGUAUGCACAAGAAUCGAUAAUGCUUUUACAAAAUAGUGGAAUUCAAUUUCAAAAACAUUACACAGAUGGUAUUAAUCCUCUUCAUUUUGCCGAAUUAUUAAUGACAUCAGGUUUAGUUUUAAUGGACAAUAUUAAAUGGAUAAGUUUUCAUAGCGGCUAUGAUUUCGGUUACCUAUUGAAAGUACUUACAAACGAUGAGUUACCCAUUGACAUAAAUGAAUUUUUCGAUUUGUUAAAACUUUUUUUUCCCACAAUAUAUGACAUCAAGUAUUUAAUUCGAAACUGUCAAUUUUUAGGAGGAGGCCUGCAAGAUGUUGCUGAACAAUUAUCAAUACCCAGAGUGGGACAGCAGCAUCAAGCAGGAUCAGAUAGCUUGUUGACAGGUACAUUAUUUUUUAAAAUGAGAGAUUUAUUUUUCGAAGGUAAUAUUGACAAAACAAAAUUUAAUGGCAUACUUUACGGUUUGGCUCCUUCUGAUUUUAACGAUUCACUUCAGUAA